UUCAGCCACCCAGCAAUAUUUUGUAAGGCCACUCAAAACCUUACACCUUAAACCCUAGAACGCUAACAUGAGGACGAUGAUGACAGUAGUUCUUCUCUUCAUAGCUGCGACGGCCAUUGAUGGCCGGAGGCUGAACGGAGAAUUGCAGUGCGAGUUAGUGUACAAUACGAUGGAGCGGUGCCUGCCGUAUGUGACGGGGAUCAGCGACCGGCCAUUUUCAGUCUGCUGCGAUGGCGUGCACCGGUUGAGGGACAUCCUCCGCACACAUGACGACAGGGUGAAGACCUGCGAGUGCCUCAAGGCGAAGGUCUCUAGUCUUCACCAUUUGAAAGAGAGCGCUCUGGGGAGUCUCCCUAUAGAUUGUGGCGUUCAACUUCAUCUCCCAAUCUCUCUCGACAUCGACUGCAGCGGGAUUCCUUAAAUUGGCGGUGCUGCUACUUGGAGGAAUAAAGAUUCGCUUGCGGCGGUGACGUUGUGCAGCAACCGCGCGCUUUGGAUGAAAAAGUGAGAUGAGACAGAAUAAGAGCAGCUAAUAUAUAUACUCAGGCAUUUAAUACACCAAACUUUUGUAUGGCAACAGGCAAACAUGUAUACGCUGGUUGCUUUGUGUGCUGUGGUAUAAUGCCAAACUGAAUGUACAU